AUGUCCCCUGCAGUGAGCACCAGCAAGACGGAGCCGGCCUACCAGGUUCUCUCCUUUCAGCCCCAUCAGGAAGCGCAGGCUCGUAAAUACAUCACCCGCAAGUCACAUCGCAAGUCGCGGGGCGGCUGCUUGGGCUGCAAACUGAGCAGAAUCAAGUCCAAGUCCCCCGCUCGAGGCGUCUCGCGCGUCUCGCUUCUUCACCACAUUAACCAGCACUUUCACGCCUCCGCCGGCCUCGAGAUCGCAGGCGGACAAGUGGCCCUUCUUGUCAGCCUCGGCAUGAGCCGCCCGUAUCUCCUGGAUGUGACCCUGGCUGUGGCCGCCUGUCAUCUUCGACACAUGUACCAGGCCAAUGGGGGCUUGAAUGCUGCCACGACGGACACUGUAUACGCGUGCCGAGUCGCGGAGCACUACCAGCAGUCUCUCGCGAUUCGGAGCUUCAAGCAGGCUUUGGGAGAGCCAUUCGAUCAGGAGGGGUCCGAUUCCGUCCUCAUUUCCUCCAUGAUGUUCAAUCUACUGUCUUUUACCCUAGAUGACAACGACGACCCUGCCCUGUCUUGGGUUUUUACCACAGCGCCGGACCGCCUAUCCUGGUUCUCGAUGAGCAUGGGUCUUGCUCCUCUGCUCAUAAAUACGAAGCAAUUUCACGAGCGUUCCAUCCUUCGCCACAUAUUCAACGCCUCCGACGAUGAGCAACAUACAUUCCACGGCAAUGAUACAAAGUCAUUAUCCAAAGUACCGUCUCAUUGGCUUCGUCUAUGUGGGCUCGACUACGGUUCGGAUGACCCCGACCACAUCUUCUACGAACCCGUGCGCAUUCUUGCUGAGCUAUUCUCUACUCCCGUCAACCAGGAAUCCUUUUUCUUAUACAUGGGGUUUUUUGGAAAAGUUGGCGCCCAGUUCCGCUCUCUGCUCGAGCACGAUAGUGAGCCCGCCAUGUGGCUCCUGGGAUACUGGCUGGGGCUGUUGUGUCGAUUUGACCAGAUAUGGUGGCUCAGUGCGAGAGCCAGGAGGGACUACCGUGCCAUCUGCAUCUGGCUGGAUAAGCGCAAGGUACGACGGGGGCCUGGUGCAGAGGGUUUGAUGUGGAGGCAGCUCAUGGUUGAUCUUGAAGGUGCUACACAGCAACCACCAGAGCCUGGAACAAAAGACUUGCACAAACCCGAGUUCAUCGAGAUUUGCGACUAA